AAAAGAACUGUUUUAAAAUUUGCAAAAUACUGAAAUGUAAACACACCUAGAUGGUUGGUUUACCACUAAGUAUAUCAAGAAUCUUUACUGUGAUCUAUUCAUAAAGACUAUCUUAUUUCGGUGUUAAAGUUUGAAGAUGUUUUGAAGUUUGAAUAAUCAUUAAUGCGACAUGGUAUACACAACUCUGACAUAAUACUUAAAGGAAUGACCUGCUAGUCUAAUAAGGAUUACUUCCAAUAGUAAAUACCGGAAUUAGGCUGGGCAGUGCUGUAAAACCUUAAAUUUAACUUAAACGAUUUAUAAUAGUAAACACAAAAAAUUCGAUUUUUAAAUCAACUUCCGAAGGAGCUGUUGAAAGUGAUCGAUGGUGCGAUUGGAGGCAUGACAUAGGAGUUAAAUGUCCGAUACCAUACCGGGGAUUUACAUGUACUUAGAUUAACAUUCAAUUUUAGUCAGCUGACUUGAAAAAGUUCUAAUGUGUUAACUGUUUGAUGUUCAACGUUAUAAAGGUGUUGCUUUUCCGGAUUUCUUGGUGAUUUAAAUAAUUUAAAGGGAAUAUAUAAGGGUAAAGUUGAAGUGAAGAGAAGACCUCAAUCUUCCUUGCUGACCACUGAAGAAUCCUAUAUUCCUUGCUGACCAGUGAACAAACCAAUCUUCCCUGCUGACCACUGAAGAACCCUAUCUACCUUGCUGACCGGUGAAGAGUAGACCCCUAUCUUCGUUGCUGACGGGACAGCUGUUAAGAAAGCUGGAGAUCCAGUAACUGGGGAGAGAUGCUGCUAAGAUGAAGACUGUCGUUACAGUAACUCUCCUGUGUCUGGCGGCCCUCACCCUCAUCCAUACAGCAGUUGGUCAGCUGCCCCCGUGUAAUGAAGACACGUUUUGUCCCGUCGAGACGACACAGGAAUGCUUCAACAACUCGUGCCAGUGCCGGGCAGGCUACUCCAUCAUAGGCUCAACAUGCAAACAGGUGUGUUCUGCGGAAGUUCCAAGCUGUUCGUCUGAUAAUGAGCAGUGUGACGCUAAUGUGUGUGAGUGUAUCACGGGGUACACCUGGGUCGCUGGCGUCUGCCAGAGAGAUGGAUAUGUAGAGGGUGCUUGCCUGACAAACCAGGAUGUUAAGUGUUUACAGGGCAACACCACAUGUCAACAGGACGUGUGCCGCUGUGUCUUCGGAUACUCUCUGACUGACCGUAAUUCUGAUGCCUGUAUCCAAGAUGGUACUCUAGAUGGAGAGUGUCUCCCAGACGACCAGUGCAGGGUAGAGAACUCUGAGUGCACUCCUGACAAUGGAUGUCAGUGUGCUGAUGGCUACAGCGAGACAGUGCCCCAACUGUGCAUCAACAACGGGGAAGUGAAUGGUGUAUGUGUGCAAGACGACCCUACCUCGUGCAGCAAUGAUGGCACAUUUUGUGAUACAAACAGUCUGUGCAUGUGCAAGGCAAACUACACCCUCCUGUAUAACGAUAAUGGCUACCCAUUCUGCAUAGCACCGGGUAGGGCAGGUGGGCUUUGUCUACCGGAAACAGAAGCCAGCCGCUGUGGGCCAGAAUCAGAGUGUUCUGCAAAAGGGAUGUGUGACUGUGUAGCGGGCUAUACUUUGGUGAACGUUAAUUGUAGGAGAGACGGGUAUCCGCGAGGGGUAUGCCUGACGACAGACCCACCUUGUGUGGUGCCUAACUCCAUCUGUAACGCAAAUAACAAGUGUGCCUGCGGCCAAAACUACACGCGAAUUUCGAUUGAAAACUGCGUCACUGAUUGUGGAGUCCCCAGCAAUAUAACAAAUGGCAUUGCUGAGUAUGUAAAGAAUGAAGAAUACUUACGUGUGGAAGCUGUAUACACAUGCAAUACUGGCUAUGUUAUUGUUGGUGCAUCUGUCAGACCAUGCCAAGAAGAUGGCACAUAUGCUGGAACAGAACCAGUGUGUGAACUUGAAACACCGACAACCACCACCAUGAUGCCUACAACUACUACAACAUUACCAGCAAUUUCAACAGUCCCGCCACUUCCCACCUGUGACCCCCCAUGUGAGAACCAGGGCACUUGUUCCGUCAACCCGGAAUCAAGCCGUAAUGAAUGCUUAUGUCUGGAAGGAUUCUCUGGUUCUGCUUGUGAGACUGAAGACCUGUGUGUGACCCAGCCAUGUCCUAGCAAUGCCAGAGGUUGUGUGACGUCCGGUGAGCCCCUACAGAGAUCUUGCAUCUGUGCUGUAGGAUACAAGGGCAACAACUGUGAUCUAAAUGACACCCCAAUAACCUGUCAAAACCUGAACACCACCUUAAGGCUGGAUUUAAAUCCUCCUAAGAACUCACUCUGCCUGCCAAAGAUUGGAACAAGCUCUACCAACGUGUGCCACAACCCAGAUGAAGGGGUUGUAUAUGAGCUGACCCCUCCUGCAGACCCAGAUUUCAUCACUGAGGCAGAUGGGGAAGAGUUCUGUCUAACAUACAUCAACGAAAACCCGCCUGCUCCCACCUACUGUGUGGACAUGAUUGCAUUUGAAGCAGACGACCGUUCUCUGCGUCCCUGGAUAAACGCUACAGCACGUGUCUGCUUUGUGCUUAACAGUCCACCGGCAUUCCAAGGGCCGACGUCACUGCUCUAUAACGUCGCUGACAUGUUGGCUGAUGCUGUAGGUGUCACUCUAAACGCCACUGACUUGGAAGGGCAAACCAUACAUUAUUCAAUAUUAAGCGCUCCUGGCAGUUAUGGAGAGUCAUUUUCGGUGUCUGGUAACUAUCUUACAAUACAGAUGCCCACUGCUGGUAUCCCAGAGACUGGCGUAUCCGUUACCGUCACCUUACAGCUGUCAGAUAAUGGUAUCCCGUCAUUAACGGCCUCUGGUGACAUGGAGGUUCAGUUUAUUAACUCGAGUAUCACGUGCACUGUUUUGCCGGAUCCUCUCCUUGCCCAUGUGACCGGUGAUGAUAGGCCAAGUCAGGCCCUUGGACAGAUCACGUGCACGAAAAAUGGGGCAGGUUUAACACCCACGUCUUUCUCUGUUAUAGCUGAGUCCAGUCCGGUUGCAGUAGACGCUUCUGGAUCAUUAACCUACAAUACAGACUGGACAGAGUCCGGCACAUCCACCGUCAAUGUCAAGGUUACGGCUGAAGUCAAUGACGUCAGUUUAUCAACCAAUGUUGCAUUUAGUGUUAUUGUAGGUGACCUCUUGCCAAUCUGUUCCAUUCCUGCCAGUUUGACAUUCAGUGAAAAGGCGCCUGUCAAUGACACAUGCAGUGGCGUCAAAUACAGCUGUACAAAUUUAGCUGGUGUUGAAAUGACAUGCUCAGAAAACGGAAACAUUCCAUCACUCUUUAAUCUUGAUUGCACACAGGCAGAAUCAGGGGCUCUAAUAGCCAGCAUUUGUGUUGCCGAACCCUUGGACCAGAAAUUUGGCACAUAUAAUUUUUCCAACAAUGUCACAAACACAUACGGCCAGUUUACGAUGCAGUUUUCGGUAACAGUAGUGAACAUCAAUGACCCACCGAAAAUCAGGCCAAGUGUGCCAGGAGCGAGUGUGGAAGAAAUCAGCCUAAGAGAGACAGCAAGCGGGGCGGUGAUCACACUGGUGGUAGAAGACCCGGAUGUGGCUGCCGACCCACCAGACACACUUACAGCUACACUCGAAGAUCCCGCAGGAUCCGCUCAGAGCCUACCAUUUACUGCCAACAUUAGUGAGGAGCAGAAUGCAGUAUCUGUUGUGAUUUCCAGGCAACUUGAUCCCAAAAUGAGAAACAGUUACAUUCUCACUCUAAAGGUAACGGAUAGUGUUGGCGCUGCAAGUUCCCUCACGCUCAACAUUACUAUUACGGACAUCAACUCUGCUCCAACAUGUCCAAACGGCCCCAUUUCUGCUAGUGCUAGUGUUAAUGAUGGCAUUGGGUAUGAAGUUGCCCGCGUCGCGUGCACUGACGCUGAUUUUACAGCUGUAUUUUCGUCUCUCACAUACAGCCUAAGUGGGGACGCCAAUGUCAUAAGUUAUUUCAAUGUGAAUGAGGCUGGGUCUGUUCAGCUUGCAAAAUCACUAUCGGACAUAACAAUGUCAGACACAACCUUAACAUUUGACGUCGUGGCAGCAGAUGGCGGAGGAUUAUCGUCAUCCGUCACCAUCAACUUGGAAGUCAACAAUUCUUUCCCGCCCACAUGUGCCAACAGUGUUUACGAUUUCUUGUCAACUAAAGCCGAAGAUAUUCUUGCAAAUGUGUGCUUUGACGUAGCAACUGCCUGCUCCGAUCCCGUCAAGGGAGAGACACUGACGUAUGCCAUCUCUUCCGGUAAUGGUACAGAGUUCUUCACGCUCAACAGCGAUGCUACAGCUACCACGGGAAACAAAAUCUCGCUCUGUACUCUGAAGGCGCUGAAAAACCACUAUGGAAUAUAUGUGCUAAAUGGUGCAGUGAGCUCAAGUUACGGUGAGCGCAUCUUUCAUGUCACAAUCACGGUGAGUGACGUCAAUGAUCCGCCAACAUUCAUAAACACACCCUUUGCUGUCCAGACUCCCGAAAACACCUCCAUCGGUAACACAAUAUUGGUAGUCAGCGCCACUGACCCAGACUCCGGUCAACUUGGAUCUGUGACGUAUUAUUCACAAGGACUUGAUGUCUCCCAACUAUUCGCUCUCAACUCCAACACGGGGGCAAUCACCCUGACAAACUCUCUGGAUGCUGACACGGCAGCAGACAACACUUAUAUCUUUACUGUCACGGCCAUCGAUGGAGCUCCCUCAUCCCUUGAAGCCACAGCUACUGUCACAAUUGAGGUGGUGGACAUCAAUGACAAGGUACCCUCAUGCAGCCAGAUGACACCCACAGUGAAUGUAGACCUGCUAGCCCCUGUGGGAUUUGUAGUGACGGCCCUACAGUGCACAGAUGGUGACCGCUCACCAGCCUUCCGACAGAUAGAGUACACACUCCUGUCACCAGCACAAGGUUUUGCUGUCAACCAGACUGGUCAUGUAACGCUGAGUUCGUCAUUACCUCGCGAUGUCACUUCUUAUGUGGUUAGGGUGAAAGUCCGCGACUCCAACAAAGCAAACGACCCAGCCUUCAGUGUGGAAGUUGUGAUUACAGUGGCCGUGAACACUGAGUUUGGCCCUGUUUGCACACCGGCCGCCAUUACCAAGGUGCUUCCUGAGAAUGCUGUGGUUGGUUCGUGCCUGGACAAUGAGCUCACAUGCACCGACCCGACCAGUGUGUCGGUGACUCUGGUUGCCCAGACGGGGUCAGCCCUCGGGCUUCUAGAGAUUCGCAGCCACUCCUCCACAGGACAGAUGGGCCUCAAUGCCUGCAUCAAGUCCAGUCUGAGAAACCAGUUUGGACAAUAUGAGCUGGUAGGAACAGUCUCUAAUGGUCUAGCAAACUCGACAAUUACGUGGAAGCUAACAGUGACCAACAUUAACGAUGCGCCAGUGUUCUCUAGCGCCCUUUAUAACAUAACUGUGGAUGAGAACAUGCCUGCAGACACCAACAAAGCACUUCUUGUGCUCGAAGUUAAAGACCCGGAUGAUGGUCAGGGAAAUCCGGAUUUUGAGCUGAAGGAAGUUCGAGCUCAGUUGACAAACAAUGCUGAUUUCAAGGACGCAAUGUCUGGUGCCAUUUUGUUUUUCCCGUCGGUCCGUUCCUUCUUCACGACUGUGACCCUGGAUGCAACCAUCCGGAAUUUGUUCCUUUACAAUGUUACUGCUACUGACGGUCUAGGGAAAAGCACAGAGACAAGGGUGGAAAUCCAUGUGCGUGACCUGAACUCCGCCCCUUCCUGCAACCCUGUCAACUACCAGGCUACCACCGAUAUCCUUGCUGCUCCCGGCCACGUCCUUCAGUCGCUCACUUGCACAGAUGGCGAUAGAGACCCUGAUAACAUUCGUCUGAACUAUAACAUCACAUCUGGUGACCAGAAUAACUAUUUCAAUAUGACGUCAUCUGGUGAUGUUAUUGUUAGCCAAAAUUUGCCACGUACGAAGCUGUACGGGACAGGAAGUACAACCCUUCAGGUGCGAGUGGAAGAUUAUGGAUCACCCCGGCUAGGGACUUCUGUCAGCGUCUAUAUAUCUGUUAACAACGUGAUUGGGGCGGAGUGCACAGUGGGGGUUACACCCCCGGAUAUCUGGGUGCAGGGGAAGUGUGUUGACAUCACCAUGGACUGUACUGAUCCCACAACUACCUCCAACAAUCACCUUACGUAUGAAUCAUCCGGGAAUAUAACACUCGGGUUUACAGUUCCAGUCAUCGCGCAGAAUCGAUUAUCCACUUGCUACGAACUCACCACUAGUGGAAAAUAUGAGAUUGUCAUUGAUGUGUACAAUGGGCUGACCAAGGCAAGAUUUCGGGAGAUUAUUGAGGUGAGCUACGCCCAGGCAACGCCUGUGUUUGGGGCCUCAAAGUACAUUACUGACAUUAAUGAGACGGCAGUUGCAAACGUCGAAGUGUUUAAGGUGACAGCGACUUCUGCAAACCUGAUUGGACAGAUUGUAUACAGAAUUACAGAGGGAACCCCUGCUGGUGACUGGGGAAACUAUUUUGCUCUAGACAGCUCUACAGGCACCAUUUCAGCCACCAAGGACCUGCAGCCCCUCGCCAACCUUGUGUACAGCCUCACUGUGGUGGCUGAAGACACAGGAUCGAAGUUGUCUUCUGACACAACAGUACAGAUAAACAUAAUCGACAUUAAUGAACCUCCGACAUGCACCACCAAAACUGAAACCAUUGAUGUAAUCAGUGUUGACGCCAGUGUAGGCACAGUUGUCACGGCCAUUACCUGUGUUGAUGGUGACAUCAAGUUGGAGUAUAAGACCCUAACUUACCAACUGGAUCGUGACUCUUCACCAUUUGAACUGAUGAAUAAUGGUACAUCAAAGUUGCUGGUGACAAAGGCGCUGCUGGACGUCACGGUUGCAAAAUAUGACGUGUCCGUGUUGGUAGCAGAUGGCGGAGGACUGUCCAUUGUAAAAGAUAUCGCCAUAACAGUCAAUUUGCUUCCCCCACCUGUGAUGAUCACUGUCAAGGAAGUAGGCUACAACAAUGCCAUUAUCAGCUGGUCUUACGUACGGGAAGACUAUGUGAAGGUUACGGGCACCUUCACCAUUUCUGUACGUCUGACUGGAGGUGAGAGCACGGACGUCACAAUAAGAGCCUCCUUGUCGGCCAUGUCACGCUAUGAGAUCCGGAAUCUUCUUCCAGAAUCACAGUACACAGUGACCGUAGCAGCGGUGACAGCGUAUGGACGUAGCACCUCUCAACAAAUCACCAUUCAAACAACCGAGGUUCCAGUUUUCACGCACCUGGCGGCCACCGUCCGGUAUCUGGCGGCAAAUUUCGACCCGAGACUUCGCGACCUGGACUCACAGCUUUAUUACGCCACUACCCAGAAUGUCCUCUCGCAGCUGGAGUUUGUUCUCAAGCAGCCACAGUUCAAAGGAUUCUACAGUGUCAAGAUCAUGGGCUUCAGGCCAGCUAACAGCCUGUAUGUGGACUUCAUAGUGUCGGUGAACCAGAGUGGAAGUGCCACAGAGACACUGCAGUUGCUCAACUCCACAGUGCAGACAGGCUGGCUGGGAAACAUCUCUGUAGACUCUACGUACUUUGUGGCUAUUAUCGGAGAGGGUUACGUUGAUGUGGCCCAGAUCUCAGUUACACCAUCAGAAGUUUUCAACAACACUGAUGUCAAAAUUACGUGUCUGUUUAAUGCCAUUGGUUAUCCGUCUAACGCAACCAUCACCUAUUGGUGGACCUUCAAAGAUGUCAUGAUACAACCCACCAGUCUCUCACGAUAUUCCAUUACAAAUUCUGUACCGAAUGCAUUGAUCUACGAAGGAAAGAUGUCCAUCCUGUCCAUAACGCCCAUGCUCCGUCAACAUGAAGGAAAAUAUGCCUGUCACAUACGUGGAGAAAGUGGACAGCAGACAGACUCGGCAUCAUUAGAUGUUGCAGUAAUUUCUCAGCCAGUCGUAAGCAUCUCACCGCGUGAGGUCACAGUAGACUAUGGUAGAGAUGUCAUCUUAGUGUGUAGAGAAGUUACUCCAUACCUGCAACUGCUUUGGUAUAAAGAUGAUGCUGAAUUUCAACCAUCAGAUAAUGACCUGGAUGUUCAAGAAUCAAAUGCUACAUUGACCAUACGUAACAUACAAGUGAAUUCUGUUUAUGGCUGUGCUGGACGCAAUAAGGCUGGUAUCGGUGCAAGGUCAAGGUCGUUUGUCAACGUACGACCAAAUGCCCUGCAGAGCAUUGUUUGCCCACAGACAACUGGAAUAAAUGGCGCCACAUGGCCAGAAUCUGCUGCCGGUGCCACAGUCAGAAUAAACUGUCCCACGGGAUUCACAGGUGAGGUUUAUCGGGUCUGCAAUACUGUUGGCUCCUGGGGGCCUCCAAUUGACUCCUGCGUGAGCGACUCACUGCAGGACAUUGAAAACACGGUGACAGACAUCCAGGAUGGGUCCAGCACAGCAAACCUGACAAACUUACUGGCUGACCUAGAUGAGGCCACCUCGGACACUGACCUCUAUCAGGGGGAGUUGGAGACUGCACUGACCACACUGGACAAUGCUGGACAGCUUGAUACUGGCGAAGAUGCUGGCAAUACAGAGGCCGAGAAUUUUUUGAAAAGUGCAAGCAACUUAAUAGGCCAAAGAAAUAAACCAACGUGGGAAUCACGCAUUGAGUCGAGUCGGAAGGGUGCUAUCGAUGUACCGCGAGUUGUCGAGCAGUUUAUAAACCAGAGAUUCAACCAGACACCCGAUGGACAAACACGCACCCUGACAUCCAAUAAUAUCCAUGUGAAGAUUGGUCGUGGAAAGCAAAACAGUGACUAUGUUUUCCCGGACAGGUCGAGCCCAGACUUGCCAGACUGGCUCAAGGAAUCAGGCUCUGGAAUCAGGAUACCUGCACAGUCUUUUAAUGGUCUGUCUACAUUGAAUUAUGCGAGUUCUUUCUACCGAAAUAUAACCUCAAUACUCGUGACUCGUUUGAAGAGAAAUAACAUGGUAGAGGAAGUGAGUGGUGAGCUGGAACUCAACAGCGACAUCGUGGCCUUCCAGAUCCAGGAAGACAUCGCUAUCAUUGACCCGCCCGCAGAGAUCACCUUCCGGCAUUUUGAUGCGAACUAUUCAAACCCCAUCUGCUGCUUCUGGGAUUUUGAAUCAGAGUCGUUUGUAACAGACGGGUGUGAGCUGGUGUCUACAAAUGAUGAGCAGACGGUGUGUGCGUGUAACCACUUUACCAACUUUGCCAUCCUCAUGAGUCCUGGCAAGGCUGUGGGUGUCGAUGCUCUUGCCCUCAGCAUCAUUUCGGCAGUGGGCUGCGCUAUUUCCAUCUUCUGUCUUCUCCUCACAGUCGCUGCAUAUCUCCUUGUGUGGAGGUAUGUCAAGAGUGAUCGUGCAGUACUUCUUUUGAACCUGUGUGCGUCAUUAAUCAUCUCCUACAUUCUCUUCCUGGCUGGAGUUGGUCGCUCCGAAAAUCAGACGGUAUGUACGGUGAUAUCGGCCCUGCUGCACUACUUCUACUUGGUCGUGUUUUUCAUGAUGCUCGCAUAUGGUGUGGAAAUUGCCAUAUCCAUCAUCUACGUGUUUGCUGUAGGCUCCCGGCUGAAAUGGCUCAUACCCGCAGCUUGGGGCAUCCCUGCAGUUAUUGUUGGCAUUUCGAUGGGGGUCACUGAGUUAGAAGGCUACGGGAAUGAGGAGUUUUGCUGGCUGUCAACUGAGGACGGUGUUUUAUGGGCGUUUGUUGGCCCAGCCCUGUUAGUUAUUGUUAUAAACUUUAUUAUUGUGAUAGCUGUGAUCAGGAAGAUGUUUACAUCGUCAGCAAUGAUGACAAAGUCAGAUAAAGAAAAAGCAUGGCUAGGUAUCCGGAGUGUAUGUGUUCUAGUGCCCAUCAUGGGUCUAACCUGGGUUUUCGGUGUGUUCUCUGUGAAUGAAAACAUGGUCGCCUUCCAGUAUAUAUUUGCAAUAUGUAAUUCACUUCAGGGAUUGCUGAUAUUUAUAUUCCAUUGUGUAUUAAAUAAACAAUUAAAAGAUGGUCUCAAGCAGCGAAGCAAGAGGAAGAAGAGUCUCGCGACAUUCGAACAAUCAUACAACAAACAGUCCAACCAACACUCCACUGGGGAGCCAACAGGUUUCACCGGUAUAGGGGAUAGUAAAUCCACGUCAAACUCAAAUGAGUUGGAAAAAGCAACAACUAAUCCAUUCCUGGAAGCUGACCGUCAGAUGAAAGAACUGACGAAGACAAAGAAGGGUGGAACUGCAAACCUGUGUGACAAUAACGUGAUCACCAACAACAAGCUUGACAAGGGCGCCCCAGGGGCUCGGGCAGUAGACCUUGACGAUGUUAAGAUUUCCAACAUCCUGCGUGAGUCCGAAGUGAUGAGUGGCACUGCUGGUAUAUCAUCCAUACUUCCGAAGCCCGAGAGACGCCAGCCUGAGCAGACGGGCUCAAGGACACCUGAGGAACAAAGAAAAUUCGUUAAAUGGUUUCUGGAAGAGAACGCAGCUAGAAAGUCACAGGCAAGCCACAAUUAUGACCACAUCCGUCAAUCUCAAGCUUCGAGUCACAGAUAUGAAUCGAUAGAUCUAGGCAAGGAUAAGAACGUACUGCAGACACCAGGAUCUGGCGAAUAUCUUAUCUUACAACCUUCGAGUCAACUGUCAGCCUCGUCCCGGGAAAGUGGUAGUAAUGCGAGUAAGGAGAAAAAAGGUGAACAGGUACGUGAAAAGGAAAGGGAAAAAGAACGCCAACAGAAGAUUGAAAAGGUGAGAAAAGAAGAGGAGAAGCAAAGGAAAGAUUUUGAAAAACGCGAAAAAGAGAGAAGAGAAAAAGAACGUAAAGAAAGGGAACGUUAUGAACGAGAGCAUAAGGAGCGUGAACGUCAAGAACGUAACAAACAGCCGUAUGUUACACAUAUUGGUUACGGACGGGAGGAUCCAAACAAUGCCACAAACAAACCUCAGCCUAGCAUUAGUAGGUCUAGCAGAUCAGACGAUGAUUACGAGGCUAGGGUGGUAGAACACCGUAACAGAAUGACAACAGUUUACUUGCCAUAUGCCUCGCCACGUAGGGUAACGGGUCAGAGUGGUUCAGGGCAAAACAUAUCUUCUAUAGCAACAGCGCUUCCACAGAAAUAUGACCAACAUCAAGGAAAGAAUAAGAAGGGUAGCACAUCAAGCUCAAAGAAGACAGACAGUCUACCGAAGAAGGAGAAGGGUGGAAAGAAGCCCAAGGGCGGUCAACUCCGGGACCGUUCACGUGCGUACGAGUACUCAUAUGACACCACAUACCUUGGCGGCUCAUCCCGUCAUGCCUCGCUGGAAAACAUGAACAUGCAACAUCAAUAUGGGUACAGCCCAUAUGGUCAUAUGCCUGGUAUGAGCGGGUACCAGACAGGGCGCCCCACCCACCAGCAACAGCACUGGGACCAGUAUCACUACCCACAGGAUCAAUAUGGCCGCUCCCAGUACUGGUGAAGCCUGUCCUAGCUUGACCAACAACGCUCACACAGAUGUAGGGUACUUAGAUGGUAGGCGACGGAGCAUGCAGGUGUCUGAAAUUUGUUGUAUUCAUGAAUAUCGUAAAGUUGAGUAUAUUAAAGUGGAAACUAUUUUGUUUUGGAAUAAAGAAAAAUGACCUCUAAUGGUAGAUUACGUCAGAGCGUCGAUGCAGGUGAACAUGCUUGGUUGAGAAAGGUAAUGAAAUGCAUGUUUUGCAUGUGGAAUUCCAGUUCUAAGAGAUAGACAGAUGAUCAGAUUUAUCCAUAAAGUGCUUGUAUUGUUGUUAAUGGAACAUUUUUUAUCAAUGUAAGCAAUACAAUUGCCAUCUAUAUAUCAAUUUAUAGUUUUGAAAAAAUAAUAUUUUAGUAUAAUGAGGGUAAAAUAUUUUGAUAAAGUAAAAUUUCGAAAAUAUAAGGGUAUGAUAUUGUCAUUUAAAGCGCAUAUAUUGUUCUUACAUGAUGUUGUUAUGGUACCUUACACAUAUACUUUAUUAUUUUCACUUCCCUGUAGCCUACUUCAUGUUUGUUUCGUCAACAGUACAUGUAUUCCAUAAAACUGAAGUAUUUCAUUAUUUCUGUUAUUUUUCAUGUACAUUUAAUUACAUCCAAUUUUUUAGCAAAUUAAAUUAUCGUGACAAAAUGUGACCAUAGACAUGCAAUAUGUUUUUGUUACUUUUAUACUUUGUUUUUUUUAUGCAUUUACAAUGCUGAUUUUAUACAAUUAUGCUUGGAAACUGUACUGGUUUGUUCCCGUGUAUUUGUAGUGCCUUGAUAUUAUUAAUGUCUCGAUUGUUUAUCAAUAAUUUUGUUUGUGAUCGUAACAUAGAAAUGUGAAAUAUAUACAUGGAAUUUAUAUUUAUGUGCAAAUUAUUUACAAAAUAUAAUUUAUCAAAAUA